AUGAACGCGUCUCCUGACGGGCUCGCCGCGUCUAUGGGCAACCUCAAUGUAAACCCAAGGAAAAAAAGACCCACGCGUGCCUUUCACGACGUCAAUGCCAUGAAUACUGCCCCCGUAGGUGUUCCACAAAACUAUCCAGACCAAUCUCAGUUCCAGGCCGCCCAACCACAAAUGCAAGGAUACCAGCAGGUAUCUGCAAAUGUCGUGCCUGGAAUGGCCCAUAAUCCGAUGCAGGGAAUGGGCCCAGGGGCUGUAGAUUAUGCAAACAUUCCACCUACCACAGUAAACGUCACUAACCCGGUGCAGAUGGCACGGGAACAGCAGCCGGAGAUCUCCUUGGCUGCCGCUAGAAAACAGCUGCAGUUGGAGUAUUGCACGCCUCAUCUCGUUGACGGGGUGUCAACCUAUAAGUGGUUCAGAUCCAUGGAGAAUGUACUUCCUCCAAUGGCUGGAACACAAUUCUUUGCGCUUGACCAGGCUACUGCAGUACCUAAGUUCAUCCGCUCGACGUUGUACUAUGCCCCGGAGUCGGAUAACUUGCGCCGUGCAUCCAAGUUACCUGUAGCCGUGACUGUAAGACCGUUUGCGCCCCUUUUAGCUUCCGAGGAGCCUGUUCCCGUAGUAGACAUGUCCACUUUGGGUGCCACCGAGUCGCUGGAUCCCCUAGAUGCGGGACCGCCCAGAUGUAACCGUUGUAGAACUUUCAUGAACCCCAGCAUGGAAUUCAGAGACGACAUUCGCUUUACAUGCAACAUCUGUCGCUUCCCUAACAAUCGCGUUCCCCAGGAGUACGCCUGCGGCCGAGAUGCUCACAAUUUCAGACUCGAUAGACAGCUCCGCCCGGAAUUGCACAAGGGUGUCUACGAUAUCAUUCUUCCUGACUACUACCAUGUGGGCGGCAAACCAAGCGGAAACAAGGGCUUUCACCAUGUUUUCUUGAUCGAUAUUUGUCACCAGAGCAUUCGCAAAUUGCUCCCUGUUCUCGUUGCCGAUGCCUUGCGGGCUGCUAUCUUCGACUACCAGAAUGAAGGUGGCGUAAAUCCAGAGGAAAAGGGCAAGUUCAAAUUCGCCAUUAUGCUUUUCGACUCGAAAAUCCACUACUUCAAUCUCUCCUCAAAGCUUCAGAGCGCGCAAUUGGUCACGUCGCCAGAUCUCACUGACCCAUUCGUACCCUUUGUAGAUGGCUUGUUUGCGGAUCCAGAGGACUGCGCCUCGCAAAUCAACGAUGCUUUGAACAAGAUCGAGGCGCUUCAAGAUGAAAAGAGAACCAACGACCCCGAAACAUGUCUUUCUGUUGCUUUAAGAUCAGCCAUGAUGUGUCUUGAACAAGUGGGAGGUGGUAAGAUCACUGCUGUGCUCUCUACUUUGUCUAAGUUUGGGCCUGGUAGCUCAGAGAUUAAAUCUAGACGCACUGUUGGUACGUCUCUGGCUGAUCAAGAAAAGGAGUAUUUGUCUCCCCAUAACAAAUAUUAUCAAUUACUUGGGAAAGAUAUGGUUGCUCUGAAUGUGGCACUCGAUUUGUUCGUCAUCGAUGAUGCGGCCACCGACAUUGCCAAUAUUGGAUGGCUUGCCUCAAUCACUGGCGGUUAUGUUCAUAAGUGGGUCAACUUCAUUUCCAUGCGUGAUGGGCGCUCUUUCUCAUCAAAGAUGUACAAUUCGGUGCAUAAAACGGUUGGAUACCAAGGUUUAUUCAAACUCCGGUGCUCUACAGGAUUGCAGGUGCUGCAAUACUACGGAUUUCCUGCUAGUGGGGACUCAGGAAUUGUUGGAUAUUCGAAUCCAGGACUGCCUGAUCCUACUAUUCCCGUUCUCAACGAAGAUCAAACCUUCACGGUUUUGUUGGAAUAUGACGGUGUUCUCAAAACUAACCUCGACUGCCACUACCAGGCUUCUAUCUUGUACACUGAUGCUCAAGGAGUAAGAAAAUUACGUGUCAUCAACCUUGUGACUGCUGUCACGGAGCGCCUUGCUGAUGUUUUUGCAUUCGUUGACCAGGAAGCUUGCGUCACCGCUAUUUUGCGCGAUACACUCUCGUUCAUGGGCAAACAACUGAUUGUCGAUUUGCGCAAGUCGAUUAACGAAAAAUUGGUUGAUGUUUUGGCUCAUUACAAAGCUUUAUCUGAGCAACAGCAUACCUCAAACUUUGGGCCUCCUGCGCAGCUUGUGUUUCCAGAUUCGUUGAAACAUUUCAUGCUAUUUUUGUUGGCUGUCACUAAAACAAGAGCUUUAAGAGACAUGGCUCUGGUUUCAGACGACUUGCGUCUUUGUGACGUGUAUGAAAUGAUGUACAUGCCAUUGGAGCGUCUUUCAUACCACCUCUGCCCUGCCUUGGUUGAACUUCAUUCCUUGUCGCCUGAUGAUUGUAUGGUUUUAGAAGACGAGGCCAACACUGAUUUCUUCAUUCAAGUUCCGGAGUACAAAGCAUUGACCGCAUCAGCUACCGCAGAGGGUGUCUACGUUUUGUGUAACGGUACAACCGUUUAUGUGAGAAUUCACCCGCAGACCAGCAUAUACUUGCUAAAGGAUUUGUUCGGUGACCACAUUAAUGAUUACAAAGACAUAGAUGGCAGUCUUGACUGCUUCCCUGAUCUUCCAACCCUCAUUUCACAGCAAGCUCGCAACUUGGUGAAAUUCUUCCAUAAAAACAUCAUCGGCUCAAGUCUGAUUGAUGAUAUGUCUAUUGUCAUUGCAAGGGAUCAAAUCGAUCCCGCGUUCCACUUAUACAAGGCUUGCUUAAUCGAAGAUACGCUUCCUUCAACAACUGUCAACACAUCUCCAAGUUAUAAUGAAUUCAUGAAGUCCGUGCAUAGCGCCGUGAACGUGCAAUUGAAGAGUGAUCAAAAAACAAAGAAGGAUCUCGAGACGACUCGUGUCCCAGAAACUUUGGCACAAAAAUGGAUGCAGUUCUAA